AUGCAGCAGCAGUCCCCACCCGGGCCCCUGGCCCCCGCGGCCGAACCAACCAAGCCUCCCUACAGCUACAUAGCUCUGAUCGUCAUGGCCAUCCAGAGCUCCCCGGGCCAGAGGGCCACACUCAGCGGCAUCUACCGCUACAUCAUGGGCCGCUUCGCCUUCUACCGCCACAAUCGACCUGGCUGGCAGAACAGCAUCCGCCACAACCUGUCACUCAACGAGUGCUUUGUCAAAGUACCUCGCGAUGACCGCAAGCCAGGCAAGGGCAGCUACUGGACGCUGGACCCCGACUGCCACGACAUGUUCGAGCAUGGCAGCUUCCUGCGCAGACGUCGGCGCUUCACCCGGCGAGCAGGUGCUGAGGGCCCCAAGGGCCCUGCCAAGACCCGCCGUGGACCCCUCCGAGUGACCAGCCAGGACCCAGGACCUCCUGACUCUGCAACUGGCAGGCAGUGCCCAUUCCCACCUGAGCUGCCAGAGCCCAAGGGCCUAAGCUUUGGGGGUCUGGUCGGGGCCUUGCCAGCCAGCAUGUGCCCAGCAACCACUAAUGCAAGGCCUCAGCUGCCCACGGAGUCCAAAGAGAUGCCCACGCCCAAGCAGGCAGGCCCCGGAGAGCUCCCUGUGGCCACAUCAUCCUCCCCAUGCCCAGCAUUUGGCUUCCCUGCUGGCUUUUCUGAGCCUGAGGGCUUUCGCAAGACCCCUACACCCAUCUUGACCACCGAGGCAGGCAUUGGGAGCAGCUACCAAUGCCGGCUGCAAGCACUAAAUUUCUGCAUGGGGGCCGAUCCAGGCCUUGAGCACCUCUUGACCUCAACAGCUCCUUCCCCUGCAUCCCCCACCCCUCCAGCCUCACUCAGGGCCCCGCUGCCCCUGCAAGCUGACCAUAAAGAACCCUGGGUUGCAGGCAGCUUCCCUGUCCAGGGAGGUUCCAGCUACCCAUUGGGGCUGACCCCCUGCCUAUACCGGACACCAGGAAUGUUCUUCUUUGAGUGA